AUGAGUGUUCGGGUCGUCGCACGUGUACGACCACUUCUCAAGUCUGAGCGUGAUUUCGAUGUCAUUCUUCGCACAGGUGCCUCUGGCGCCACCGAGGCCAAGUCGCGCGAGUCCUUGAACGAUGACCGAAAGCUGGCGGCGUUGAGGGAUCGGGAUAACGUCGUCCGUAUCCCCAACCCAAAGAACGAAGGGGAGGAGUACACUUUUCAAUUCAAUGCGGUUUACGAUGCGGAUGUGACGCAACAGGAGUUAUUUGAUGCAGAGGUCGCUCCCACGAUCAAGCACCUUUUCAAUGGAUUCGAUGUUACCCUCUUUGCCUACGGUGUUACUGGAACCGGCAAGACACACACGAUGCGCGGCGGUAAAAGUCUCGCGGACCGAGGUGUUAUUCCCCGACUCCUGAGCGGCAUCUACAGACGGAGCCGAAAGAUGGAAAAGGACAGCAACGGGGAGACCACCGUGCAGGUCUCUCUGAGCUACUACGAGAUUUACAAUGACAAGGUGUACGACUUGUUUGAGCCGCCUGAGAAGCGCACGCUCGCAGGCCUUUCUCUUCGGGACAAUGGAGGCAAGACAGUGGUUUGUGGGCUGACGGAGAAGCCGUGUACGAGUUUGAAGGAGUUCGAGGGCCUCUAUGACCAGGCAAACACCAAUCGCUCGACUUCGGCGACGAAGUUGAAUGCCCAUUCGUCUCGUUCUCACGCAAUUCUUGGAGUGAAGAUCACGGUCACAACACCGGAGAAAACUCGUAUCAGUACUGCUUCUGCAAUCGAUCUCGCAGGCUCGGAAGAUAACCGAAGAACCGAGAAUGAUAAGGAGCGCAUGGUGGAAUCAGCCAGCAUCAACAAGAGCCUCUUCGUUCUGGCACAGUGUGUCGAGGCAAUCACCAAGAAGCAACACCGUAUCCCGUAUCGCGAGUCCAAGAUGACUCGGAUUUUGUCGCUGGGACAAAACAACGGCCUGACGGUGAUGAUUCUCAACCUUGCUCCCGUUCGCUCAUACCAUUUGGACACUAUCAGCUCUCUGAAUGUUGCCAACCGCACCAGAAAGAUCGAGGUACGAGAAGUCGAGAAUGAUCCGAUUUUCAAGGGUCCUGCCAGACCCGCUGUCCGGCCGUCUCUGGCAGCAACCCGAAAGCCGUUGCAGCCCCUCACUGCUUCAGUCCAUGUCAAUAUGCCUGCUUCUGUCGUCAAAGACUCAGCCAAGAAGGAUGAAGACAAGCCCUUGAAGGCUUUCAGUGUUUACUCCGAUCGAUCCCAGCCCAAGGCCGUGACCCAGAUUCGAAAGGCCGAGGUUUCAAAGAGAUCUUCUCUCUCUUCUGAACAUCCAAUCCGAACGUUGAAGCCACCUCGUCCAAGCUUUGCCCCGCCACAGAUGAGCUACGGUGAUAUCUGCGCAGCCAGGAUUGAGGAAAUGGUUGAGAAAAAGGUUGAAGAGAUUCUGGCUGUUCGGGCUGUGAGCGAGCAGUCAAGACAGACUCAGGUUUGGGAGCUGAACGAGCAGCUUCAGCGUCGAUUGGAACAGCUCGAACAACGCAUCGAAGGCACUGAGGACGCCCGCGCCGAGGGUCUCUCAUACCUCCUUAUGGCCAAACAGCACCAGGCGCGUGGCGAGAACUGCUCCGCAUUGAAGAUGUACCAGCUUGCUCUUCCACAUUUUCCGCACAAUGAGAAGCUCGCAGCCAAGAUUGCAACUCUGAAGGAGCGCAUUCAUGGCAAGCCUCAGGCUCGUCAGUCUGUCCCUCAGGUAUCGCCGCCUAAGGGCAGAUUCGGAAGCAUGCUAUCUCUUAAGAAGGAGCCUACUCUUACACUGGGCAAGCGUCAGGCGGAGGAUCUUUACAAAGACUAUGCGGAUCAAACUGGCGGUAACGGAUUCUCCAGCGAUGAGGACAGUAUUCUCCCGAAGCCAAAGAAGCGUGCUACAUCCAAGUCUCUCCGUCAUAAUGGGGGUGACCUGGAGGCACUGGAUGAGUACGAGGAUCCCUCUGUCUCCCCACGAACCAUCCACCUUCUCUCCAUCAUCAAUUCGCGGGAUGUGAGUCAGAUCAAACUGCUGAAGGGCGUUGGCGCCAAGAAGGCGGAGGCUAUCGUCGACUGCCUCUGCGAGAUGGACCAUGCAUUGGGUACCGGUGAUGAAAUAGUCUCCGACCAGCCGCAUUUCCAAGUGAGCAGCCUGACGGAACUGAGCACGUUGAAGGGCGUGGGUGUUCGUACAGUCGAGAACAUGCGGAACGGAGUUUUGGUUUGA